AUGGAUUCCUUCAUCAUAGCGGCUCUGGCACUGUGCUCUCUGACGGCACCAGCCUAUGGGGACAAAGGGACCAGCAAAGCCCGGAGUUGUUCGGAUAUCAGGCAGUUUUAUAGCGGGAAAGGAUUCUCUCUUGAUGGUGUCCCUCAGUCUGAAAUAUCAGGGGAGCACCUGCGCAUCUGUCCCCAGGGCUACACCUGUUGUACUAGUGACAUGGAAGACAACCUGGCCGUGCUGAGCCGCAGGGAGAUGGAGGGACUUCUCAAAGAGGCUGGACGAUCCUUGCAGACCUCACUCACUGGACAGUACAAGGCCUUUGAUGGUUACUUCCUGGAGUUGCUGAACCGCUCUGCGAUUGGGCUACAGGAGACUUUCACGGCAACUUGGGGUUCAGUCUACUAUCAGAAUUCCCAGGUCUUCUCUGACCUUUACACAGAUUUGAGGAACUACUAUCGUGGCUCCAAUGUCAACCUGGAGGAGGUGCUCAACGAAUUCUGGGCCAGGCUGCUGGAAAAGCUCUUCUACCAGGCAAACAAGCAGUAUUUCAUAGGUGAGGACUACCUGGAGUGUGUGUCUAAGCAGAUAGAGACACUACGGCCCUUCGGAGACAUACCCCGUGUAACGAAGAUGAUGGUCACACGCACAUUUGUGGCAGCACGUUCCUUUGUUCAGGGACUGGUGGUCAGUGGGGAGGUGGUACGCAAGGUGUCCCAGGUGCAGCUGAGCCAGGAGUGCAUGCGGGCCAUUAUGAGGAUGACUUACUGUCCCCACUGCCGUGGUAUGGCCUCCGCCAGACCUUGCGCCAACUACUGCAGCAACGUCAUGAAAGGUUGUCUGGCCAACCAGGCUGACCUCAACACCGAGUGGAGUCAUCUGGCAGAAACAAUGAUGCAGGUGGCUGAUCGCUUUGAUGGCCCGUCUGGUGUGGAUAGCGUGGUCCUCUCCCUUCCCAAUCGCAUAUCAGAGGCCAUGUUUACCAUGAUGGAUAAUAUACAGACCAUCAACAGCAAGUUGUUCCAGGCAUGUGGCACCCUCAGAGAGGGAGGAACCAGCAGCACAGGAAUUGAUGAAAUCAUGAAGAGAGGGAGGGUUACAGUGGAGGACAGGCUGGAAACCACCUCAAACAAAAUGGAUAAACUGGUGUCUGAUGUAACUCUGAGACUGAGGGGCCUCCAGUCGCACUGGGUUUCUCUUCCGAGUCUGCUCUGCAGUGACAGAGUGGCCACUGGAACAGGCGCAGAGGAUAAGUGUUGGAACGGCAUGAACCGUGCCCGGUACCUUCCCGAGGUGAUUGGUGAUGGCCUAGCCAGUCAGAUCAACAACCCUGAGGUGGAAAUCGACAUCACCAAGCCAGACAUGACAAUACGUCAACAGAUAAUGCAGCUGAAGAUCAUGACGCACCGCCUGAAGAAUGCUCUCAAUGGCCAGGAUGUGGACUUUCAGGACACCAGUGAUGAUGUCAGCGGUUCAGGAAGUGGCAUGUGCAACGAAGAUAUUUGUUCCCGGGGCCCACGCAUUGUCGCACCCACCACUCACCGACCCACAAUCUACCCCUACCGUCCAGAAAACAAGAAGGUGAAAGCCUUGGCCAACCAGAACCUCCCCUGCAUUACCAUCUACCUGCUUUCACUGCUCCUUUUGCUGCUCCGGCGAUAAUUGAGGGGAAAUUUACCAACUGGGACUGAGUUUGGGACACAGGGUUGGGGAGAGUCUGAAAGGGGAGGGAGGAGAAGUUGGGGGUUCAUUACUUUGCCAAAACUAAGUAAGUAUAUGGAAACAACAAAAAAAAAUAUCACUUGGAUGGACUUUCUUUUGAUUUUGGAUUAAAACAAAAUGGAAUUACAAGUAUUCAUAAAUGUUUUGGUUCUGCUCUUGUCUUUUAUUUCUCGCUAUAUUAUGACACCAUUAGAGCCGGUCUUCGCAUCUUCUAAUGUUUUGUUUCUGGUGUUUGGGUUCUCUGAGAUUAUAUCUGUACCUAAGACACAUGUAAAACUAUAUUGCUAACAGUGUGUUGGUGUUGACACCACAGGGAGAGGGAGAAUGGGGCUUUGAAGUGGUGCUCAGAUACUUAUAUUUGUUAUUCCACUCCUUUAAAACAGCACUUGUGUUCAGCAGAAUUAUUUAUUUAUUAAUAACUCACAAUAGAGAACAGAGUGGUUUAACCACUCCCCAAUAUUUACAGAAAAAGAAUACAAAACAGAGACAUAAAAUAAAUAAAAUAUUAAUGACUUUUACAGGAGAAUAAUCUGGACAUCACGACCCAUGAGACUUCUCGAUGCAUUAAGCCUCACAGUAUCAUUACACUUACACACACACUCUCUCACAGUGAGGAUGAGAGCACUCUGCGUCAGCACUUUUCGCCAUUUAAGCUGUAAUAAUGGCUUAGAUCACAUUCACACUGACAUGAUCGUCUAAUGUAGGAGUAACAUGACCCACCAUCCAACACUCCAUCCAUCCACCACUCCAUCCAUCCACCACCCCCCCCACACACACAGACACACACACCCCACCCGCAGAGGCAGAUCUCCCUCUCUCUCGAAACCCUGCUGGCAGUGUAGGAUCAGCUCGAGAGUCUGGAGUAAGCAAAACAAAUGCUAGGCCAGGCUAGGUCUCAGAUGACAGCAGCUUCCCACUAUAGAGCACUGUAUGUGGAAGGGGGGUGUCAGUUUAAGAUCGCCCUCACAGCAAAGGAUUGACAGUUCAGGAUUUUGGAAAUGUGUAGCAGAACAGAAAUGUAUACUGAAGCAGAAACACUGUUGUCAUGUAGCAAUUUUUUUCAGUAUUCCUUUAUGUGCACAACAGAGCAAAAAUAUAAUAUGCAUAAUUUUGUGUGCUCCUUGCAAAGGCCCAUUGUUCAUGUGAUUACCAUCAUAAUUGCAACCAGCAGCGUCAUAGGUUUUUGUCUAAUUGCAGCAAUCAUCCAUAUCACGGUAAAAGCCACACCAUGCACGUGUUUGAAAGUUACUACUAUUUCUAUGGCCGACAGCAGUGUACAUAUUUUUGAUUGCUUCUUCGUUGUUUUCAAGGUAAAAUAGGUUAAUUAGGUAUCGAAAUUUUAUAAUGUCCAGAUCAUUGUAUGCUAUAACUUUAUUUCCUUCAUCAUGUCAUAGUGUAUUCAUAUCUGCCUUCCAUUUUUCUGCAACUUUUCUUAUAUCAGUGCCUCUUUCUUCCCAUCCCCAUCCCCAACUCCCUUUACCCUUCUCCCCGCUCAUCAGUUAUUAUGACCUUUAAAGCGUUCCUCAUGCUUCUACAUGAUGGCAAUAUGACAAUGGCACAGUGCUUCAUUAUGUGUCAACCUUAGUGGGAAUGUUGUGGUAACACAGUGUGCGGCUUUUCCUGAUGAGAAGCCUGCUGGGGAGGAAACACGUACUAGAUUUUAAUUCAAAGAAUUGUCAAAGCUCUCAUUUAAGAACGCUGUGUGCAGGAUGAUGGGACAAUGCUUGCAUGUGUUUGUGUGUGAAUGUGCAUACUUGGCUUUGAUUGAAAGAGCAGAAAAGGGGACAGACGAUAAAGCCUUUAUAAAUCUUGUCAAGGAUGCCACAGAAAUUAAAUGUAUUAAAAUGGACUGACGUUGUAUGAUAGAGUGCUAUUCAACUGACAGCAAUGGGAGAUUAAUGAAGCUCAUUUCUCAAACUUUGGUAUUUUCAACCUACUACUGUAAUAACUCCCGAUCUGUAUCAAUGUUAUCUGUACUUGUCAGUAUUGUAUGUGACAGAGAAAUAGAACGUGAAAGGCGCAAAUGGACAUGCUUUUUAAGGUACAUAACUGCAUCAGUUGUACACUGGGACAAUCCACUAUAAUUCAUUUAGUGAGAAAAACCCAGUAUGUACCUGACAGUUGAUAUAAUCCUGCAGAUCCAAUUAAGUAGUUUGGGGCUCUGUCAAAGUUUGAGAAGCACAUUUUUUUCUAGAUAGUUGGUUAAUUACUGCUCUUAAAAUGGGUGAGGUUGUCGUCAUUUGUGUUACCUGACAGGUUAUUUUGAUGUUUUUCGACAUGCAUUAUUAAUGAAUGCUUUGUUGCUCUGUAUGUAUGUGUGUUUAUGUGCGUGUGUGUGUGUGUUUUUCUGUUAGUCCCUGGUUAAAAAAUCUGCCUGUGACUGCCUUUGACACUUUGUACAAGGUUGGGGUCAAUUUUGAGAUUUAAAAAGACAGAUAAAAUGAUAUUAGAUGUUCAACAGGGGAAAAAUACAAAUUUGAAAACAAACAAUUAGCAAGAGCACCGCAUGGGUCCUCUUUUUGUGACCCUCUCGAAAAAUCUGAAUAAGAAUGUGAAAGUACACAGUAUGCCCCUGUAAAGAAUAAGAAAUGACUCCAACAGUGAUGGUGACAUUCCAAUUCAAAGAAGACUUGCAACUUCAGACUCAGAACUUCGGUUUCAAUGACUGCCUCACAAUGUCAUUGGCUGAAAUUUGCACAACCCCCCCUCCUCUCCUCCUUCACCUUUGGAUCUCAUUAAUUUGUUGCUCAAAGUCCCCCUCCCUUUUAUAAAACCUGCACUUUUAUGAGGCCAAUAAAUGGCAUUGUCUGCACAAAGACAUCACAAGAUGGUCAAUCGAUGCGCGAGUCAACACCUCCCAAGAACGACUAUUGAUUGGGGAUGUGUGUAUGCAGAUAGAUGUGGCCCAGCAAGACGUCUCCGCUUCAAAUAAGGUGAAACAGUGUAAACACAAGGCCCCUGAGUGUGAGAGGAAGCAGGAGAAAGGUCUGUCCAGAGCACUGAUACUAAAUCAGUGUGUGCCUUAAUCCUGCCCUUAUUUAUUACUGUAGGUGGCAAAAAUGCAAAGCUGAUUAUCCAACCAUUUAAAAACAGCUUUAUUUUACACUGUAUGGAGUAUGAGAGGCAUUUCUGAAAGUUGCCAAUUUAUGAGGAAAAAAAGUACUUUUAAUUUUCUUGUUUUUAUUUACUCUGGUUUUGUCCUUAUCAGAAAUCUAUGGAGAGUUUGGGCUUAUGGUUAAGAUAGAUGCCAGAAAGAGGUUGAAAAAUACAAAUGUCUCAUUUGCUGUUGUACCUGAAAUCUUGUGUCAAUUAUAUACAUUGUAAGAUUUUCAA